CCCGCCUCUUUCCCGCGGCCAAAUCCCCAAAUCCCCCCAUUGUCUAGUGCCUUCGUCUCCCUCGCAUACUUCCGCCUCCUCGCUGCCUCAACGCCGCCGCCGCCUCCAGCUCCAUCGCAGCCUCCUCGCCGCCUCUGUUGAAUCACCUCCGUCGCCUCAAAUAACAGUUCACGUUUUUUGCAGUUCUGAUAGAUAUUCUGGCACCUUUUACUUUAUGAAAUGGAGAAAGGAGAUCCACCUUCUCUUCCCGGAUCACGUCAAUUAAAUUUGAAGAAGUCAUUUAAGCUUGGCAUUCGUUCUCUGCUAACGACAUGUUCGAAGGAGGAAAUCUUCAAAGCAUUUGAGGGGUUUAGUAAAACCGAGCAAGAAGCUUUGCAUCAGCUUUUUAUUCAGGUUAUUACUUCUUUACAUGAAAAUUUAAAGGAGGAAUUUGAGUUACUAUGUCUUGAGACACAGGUAGGCACCAUUCUUGAUACUGUAGAACAGCUUGUGGAAGAACAAAGCUUGGACUCCUUAUUUUCUGAUAAGACUGCUGUGGGAGAUGUGUGUCAGGAUCUAGCAUCAUUGAAGAAGAAUGAGAUCAAACAUUUGAUGAUUAUGCUGCAGAAGGGAGAAGAAAGUAAACGCAUCGCGAGAGAACGUGUUGAACGACUGAAGAAAGAAGUGCAAGGCUUGCCAGGAGCUGCAGAUUUACUGAGGAGGUCGAGGGCUGGGAUUUUGGAUGAUGGGAAAAGCAAACAGCUGACUCCAUGAUCCAUUGCUGCUGUGAAGUACUUUUGUACACUGGUACAACUCCUGGCGAUGGGAUUCACCUUCUACUGGGUACCAAUGAAACUUAUUGUUUAAUUCUGGCAUAUUCCAACUUCUAUUUGUAUGUAUCUGGCAUUCAGUUUGGUGGGUGGGUUUAAGAUUGUAUGCACUUAUGUGGCAUGUCAUCGCUAACUAAUAUGAGAUUUGACAUUCCCUUUCACUUAAAGGAUUUUAUUUUGCUGUUGGUUUAA